GUUCAUUGUUGCGUCAACAUAAAGAUCCGCUAAAGUACACCGAGUGUGUUUCGCAAGCGAUUGCACUUGUAAUUAGUGUUGUACGUUUAUAUAAAUUUAUUCACAAGAACUGUUUUUUUCUUUGUGAGGGUCUGGUGUAAUGGGAGGUGUUGAUACGAGUGGCUGGAAACCUCGCCGUACGAAGGGUACCGUGAUAUACAACACGCGAAACCAAUUCGCCUGGGUCGUGUUAGCGGCUGGCACCGCGAUCUUUGCAACGUUUUACACCGUCGUGAGCUACAUUGGAGGCGAUGAUCUGAAGCACCGGAUGAGAAGGGAUUUUUACGAAAAAACAGAAGAGGAGAUAGAUCGGCGGAAUUUGAUGCGAUUCAGUUUAAUUGCACCGAAGCGUGGCGACACUAUCCGGAAGUUGCUUGAAGCAGAAAAAGAAGAGCAGGCUAAGAAGUAG